GGGCUAAGGUAUUCAGAACACUACUUCCCAUAUGAUUGGUACUGUUGAAUUAUUCCUUUUACGAUGCAGACAAGAGCUGUCGUGGUGAGAAAGGACGAAAAUGGUCAAAGGGUUUAUGAACUACGUGAAUCGGUGAGAUCUGCAGGAGAAAAUUGACAUUGCUAUUCAUAUGUUAUGUUUUGAGACCGGAGUCGUUCGACUGAAUCAGAACUUCAGAUGUCUAAGAUCUGAAGUGAUUUGUGCAUUUUCAUUGGUUCUUACCCAUGAUCUACUGCAGAACAGACGCACAGAUUACGUCACCAUCAUCACAGUAUUUCCCUUUGUAUUCUAAAAAAAAAUUCCAUGGUGCUAUGUUCGGCAAUAGAUCAGAGAAUACGUCAAAUUGAAAUGAGUCAGAACAUCAGUAACAUACUCUGCUGAUCUUGCAGGCCAUUUUUUUUCACACCAACUUGGAGUCUGUUUGUUUUGAAAAAUAUGUUUUAUUUAUUUUUUAGUUUGAGUGCCCAACACUAGAUGAAAACAGCGUUGCAGUAAAGGUCAAAGCUUGCGGCUUGUCUCCACACCAUAACAAGGUGCAAAACUCUGAAUAACACUUGCUAAAUAACUAAUAAAUUUCUUCUGUACAAGAGUGCUUCAUAUUCCGAUUGUUAAGGCUGAUGACAUGAGUGUGUUUUUUUCUGUUGCAGAUUUUAGAGGAAUUUAACUUGAUACGCAAGAAGGAACAGCCAUUUGGAAGAGAAAUAUCAGGAGUUGUUACAAAUGGUAUACAUUGCCAAACUUAAAAUAAGCACGAUAUUUAAAUUAUCAAAAUUCAGUUUUAGAGAAGGGCCAUACAUGGAAAGAGGUUAUGUCAAAGUAAAUUUUUUCUACUUUGGACUCAAUUUUUUCCUUUUAUGAGGUACUUCCAAUAAAUCCAUUAUUCAUAAGAUGGUAGUAGCAGACACAAAGACACAGUUGUUUCAUCAAACAUUGAUAAACAUUCUGAACAUUUAAUAUAUUAAAUUUUAUAUUUGAGUCCAUGUUUAAUCAUUUAUUUUCUUUCAGUUGGAUCAGCAGUCACAAGAGUCAGCAUUGGAGAUGAAGUGGCUGGUGAGUUUUUCUUUGUUCUAAUAAUCAUGUCACUUAUUAAGGGGAGUCCAAAAAUAGCUAAAAUUUCAGGCAUUCAGAAAUUCAGAAAGGUGGAAGGAAUCAGAUAAGAAGUGAUCUCUUAGAAAAAAAAUUGGUGUCACUGUGCAAAAACAGUGUACAGUAUCCAAAAUUUAUUUGUCUUGUUUCUUAUUCCACACAUGGGCUUAAUGUACAACAAAGCAUGGAUAUUAUGAUGACUUACAGCAUAAGAAUGGGUAUUAACAUUGUAUUUCUUAUAGUAUAGUGUUCACAAUGCAUCAGCAAUGAUAGAAUUGUCUUGCAACUACACAAAAUUCCUCAGAAAUGAAGACUAUUCUCCUGUUAAUUUACAGAAUUUUCCUUCUACCACAUUCCUUUGUACAGAUCCUUAUAUUGAAUGCUGUAACCGAGUGAUGAUUAUAGUAGCUGCAGUAGUGGGUUGGUUUUGAUUAUAAAUAAACUACUAUUAUGUACUCCACAUUACCAGGCCUGCUUCCAUUAGAUUCAGCUUCAGCAGGAUGUGCAAACUUUUGCAUCUUAUCACAGUAUGAUGUUGGUGAGUAUUUGGGAAAUAAUUGCAUACUGCAAUAUACAAACUCAGAGCUCUAUGCAAAACUUGGUUAGUACGGUAAAAGUUAAAAAAAUCAGGAACACCAUAAAUAUUUACGGAAUGUUACUAUUUUCUUGAGGAGAAGCCAAUAAGAAGUGAGAAAAGUAAACCACAAACAUCAAUAUUAAGCAGUUUGUAGUAUUAAGGUUUACUCCAAUGUCCCAGGCCAGGUUGUCCAAAGCUGGGUUAAGUUAAUCCAGGCUUAGUGUGAAAUAUGAUUUCGGAUCUGAAAGCUUUAAAAAAAAUUCAGUCAAAUUUCUUUUUGUCUGGAAUAUGACUAUUUGAUGCUCUAAAAAGAACACAGAAAACUAUUCCAAAAUGGCUUUUGAAUAAAGGAAUAAGGAAACCCAGAUUACAAUUUAACCUUGAGCUAGUGCUAAUUGGCCCUCUAACAACUGGACCCUGAACUUUACUGUGAUUGGACAGUACACAGUUGAUCUGGUAGAAUCAAAUCCAAAUUUUUAUAGUUUCCUUAGUCUCACAUCAACAAUUUCACCACCUGGAGUGACCAAAAUGGAAUUUCUCCUUGAAUUUCAAUAUAGUUUCAAGCAGAAAUAAGUCAAGAAGUAAAAACAUUAAUUAGGAGAUAUGAUUUCAUUUAACACAAACCCUCAAAGCUAAAACUAAUUUUAAGAUAUGUAUGAAUACUGCUUGGAGAAUCAGUAUUUCGAUAUCAAGCGUAAUUUGGUUAAAUAAUCUCAGUUUUUAAGUCAGUGCCAUGUUUUGACAAAAUUACAGUGCGAGGCAGUGAAUCCUAUAAUAUUAACUUGCAAAAUUUUUGUGUUGAUCUAUUCAAAAAUGUAUUUGUACUAGUGGCAUGUAUAAAUUCUUGAUUUUUCCCAUCUUUCAUUCUCUCUGCCUUACAUUAAUGAAAUGAUUGUAACUAAUAAAAAAAUGUCUAUACGCCACAUGAAAUUUAUGUUCAGCCCGAAAACCAGAGAAAGUGGAUCACAUAGAUGCAGCAGGUUGCAUUGGUGAUGUUGUUAGAGCUUACACUGCACUAUACUACCAAGCCAGAGUAUGUGGAGGAGAGACAAUACUGAUAUUCAACGGGGCCUCAGUGAGUAUUUUAUACAAAGGAGUUGUUUUUAAAGUCACUGUUUUGGUUUUAUUACCAUUAUUCUUGACAUUCAGGCACAGUUUAAGAAAGAUUUUAUAUGACAAUUAUUUGCCAAAGGAACAGUCAAGGUUUUCAAGUGAUUUGCAUGACAAAAAUACAUUUUAAUCUAACAUUAAUCAAAAUCAAAAAUACAGUUUGAUUACCAGGCUCACAGUAUGAUGGUCAUGAUAUGAAUUUCUUUAUUUCAGGCCAGUGGUGUUAUGGCUAUCCAACUUGCCCAUAUUUGGGGGGCCAAGGUAGGGUUGACAUAAGAUAAUUCAGAGUUCUUUUUAAUCCUUUUGCAAUCUGAGAGCUGACAACAUCAAUUUUUAACAAAAAGUAAUAUUCACUUGUUGACUGAGUGGGAGGGCUGGACAGGAAACUUAGUUUGAGGUCAUAAAGUAUAAACUGAGCACAGUGAUGUCCACGCAUUAUAAUCAAGGGUGUUCAAAACAUUUCUGGUCCAGCCCUCCCACUCAGUCAAUAAGUCAUUUAUCAUAUAUCUCCUGCUCUUUCUUUUUUUUUUCCUUUCUUCUUGCCUCUCGCAUCUUUCGGGGUGAAAUGGCCUUUUGUACAGCUAUUGGGUGCAGCCCUUACAAGAGGGAUUUUGUCUUGUUUUUCCAGCUAGAGUGUUGGUGGGCCAUACAUUCAUAUGAUAAUAGUUGUAUUCUCCUCAAAAUUAAUGACAGGUUCUUGCAACAGCAUCAUCAGAAGAAGAAGUUAUUUACCUGCAGAGUCUUCAACCACCACUUGGUAAGGGCAUUACUCCACUAUUGGGCUAACCAUUUGUAAUAAAAGGGAAAGUGAUAUCUGAUGGAACGAAAGUCCCCAAGGUUGUGGGCAUGUCAAGUGAAUUAACAGUCCUGAUACGUGGCUAACAAUAUCCCUGCUUCAUCCUGUGUCAUACAUGGAUAACAAGAUAUUUCGAACCAUUUCAUUCCUUCCCUUCUUUUUCAGGUCACCAUCCUGAAAGUAAAAGAGAAUUAGUGUUCAGCUGUCAUGUUUUUUAAAACAUAUGUCCUGAGACAUAUAUCUUAAGAACCAUAACUGACAGAUGCAUUUUUUUAUGUAGCAAAAAUGUAGAGAACAGUAAGGAGGCUUUCUAUUCUUGUGGAGGGUUAACACAAUCUCUAUGUCUUCUUGUAGCAAAUGUAAUAGACUUGAGGAAAACAAAGAAGUCAUUAGUAGAUAUUUGUAUGGAUGAAACUGGUGGACUUGGUGUGGAUUGCGUGAUUGAUAAUGGAGGUAAGAGAAAAUCACACAAACUCUUGUUGAGAGGGUCAGCCUUAACCCUUUGCAGGAGUUUAGUUUUGGUUUUGAGUGGCCACUUUUCAUAUUAACCCUUGAUGCAAUGGGAUGCUGCGAUUUAUUUGUUGUUCUGGCUGUCCAGCAAAAUUGUAGAUCACUGCACACACUUCAGGUUAUUUUUAUAUGGUACCAUUCUGUUAGAACUUAAUGAGUUUGAAUUAAAAUGAUGUCUUCCUUCUGAUUAUCAUUUCCUACUGGUACAUUCAUAUUAGUUAAAAAAAAAUAAUAAUAGCAGAUCUGAAACAAAAUUAAAUGAACUGUUUAAUUUCUGAGUUCAUUUAAAAUGAACCAAUCAAAUCUCCUAUUGAACAGUUCUUCGUCAAGAUGAUGAUGUUAUAAUUCAGGGAACAGGCAUUGGUCUACCUGGCCAAAAUUCAGUGCCAUCCAAACAUGAUGUGAUCUCCUGUCUUGGAGUGGCUGGAAGAUGGAUCACUUCUCAUCAAGAUCUUCAGGUAAGAAUCCUCUAAGGACAAUUUUACAUUUGUUGCACAUUUUUCUUUUCUGUGAUCAGCUGCUGUGAUUACUUUGGUUUUGAUUUUAUGAUAUGCAAUCAAAAGGUGCACUUUAUUCAAGAGUUUCAGAAUUCUCAAACUUUCUUAGCAUACUUACUACAAUAGACAAGAUGAAGUGUAAUCUAAUUUUUAUUUUCCAUGUGAUCACUAAUUGUGAAAUACUACUAACCCUUCUCUUACAUCCAGUUGGACCCUCCUGAUUCUCAGAUGCUUUACCUAAAAGGAGCUGCAAUCAGUUUUCUCUUUGAACAUUCAUGGACUUUAUCAAAAGGUAGGGAUUUAUGGAGGACAGUAAAUUGCGUGGAUGUUCACCUUAUUUCAGUCAAACCUGCUUUCAUCAGUUGACAAUCACUAUCGGGAAAUGGUUAAGUGAUUGCUGAAAAAAGGUUCCCUGGUGCCUUUGAUUUACGUUUUGAGUCUGUCCUUUCCUUAGGUCAACAAGGAAGAUACCUACGUAUCCUUUACACCCUAACAUCAGUAUGCAUAUUCUCUCAACUGUUCUCUUUACAUUUCAUCAGGCGCUAACAUGGAGAAUUUGUUUAACGAUCAAGAACUUCUUUAGUUAGUGAUCGUUUCCUUUAUUCUCGUGUGCUUUGUGUUUUAUUUAGGGGUGAUAUUGUAAGGAGAAAUUAGAUACUAGUCAUUCGAAGAAGUUGAAGAGGAUGAAACCCUCAAGGGGCCUUCUGAGAACCGUUGACUUUCUCACUGUCCUUUUUCCAAUCCUUAACAUCUGACCUUCGACUGAUAUCAUGAAGUGAAGAAAAUAUGACCUAUGUCUCCCUACAAAGAGUGAUGUUGCGGUUUAACCUUCUUUUUCUCGUCGCCGCCUUAUUUUUUUCGUGUCUCUUCUGUUUUUUUGUGUUUUUUUUUUGGUCCAACGUAUCAGAGAGACGCUAUUGCUCGUUUUGACCGAAAUUUGCCCGUUUUCUCUUAACUUGUGUUAAGACAUCCUCCAAGACAUAAUGGAUAAACUGUCUAACUCAGUGAUAAGGUAAGAACAGAAGACUUCUUCCCUCAAUAGUUUCAAGGGAUCAAACAAACUUUACGCGAAUCUAAGUUUAAGGGAAGGGGAAAAAGAGGAAAAGAAUUAUAGAGGAGAUAAAUGGAGACGGGGAAGAUGAACGUUUGAGCCUGACUUUUUUUAGCAUACAACGGUAGAUUAAUGGUGUGAAAUGCGGGAACUAGAUAACAUGGCUGUAAUGACUCCAAGAUCGGUCUCAGAGAUCUGGUUCUCUCUUUUGAUGUCGAAAUGCACUCAGUGCGAUGUAAACUUCUGGUUCGUGAACAGUGCCACAGAGGAAGUGUUACAUUUGAGUAGGGGUCGGUUGGGGAAGAGUGCGCAAAGACCAAAGUUCUGCAGCUCUUUUGUUCAUAGUGGCAGUUCUUCUAAGAUCGUGAUUUGAACGACGAUUAGACUCAGACGUUUAUAACUUAACAUACUAGAAAUCUAUAUUAAUGUUUUCUUCUUUAGACCGGUCAUUCACCAUACUGUGUCUCUGGAAGAUGCCUGUGAAACCCUGCGGCAACUACCUCAGCACACUGUUGGCAAAAUUGUUGUUAGCUUGUAA